CAUCACCGUCUCAGCUGUUUCCACCUCUUUCCUCUCCUUUACUGUCGCUUCCUCUCCCAACCUUCCUUUUUCCCCGCCCUCGUUCUAACCCCUGUCUGCUUACGUAUGAGAGAUUCCGUGGCUUCCCGUCGUCGUGGGCACAGGCGGGUGCCGAGUAUAAACUGGAUUCCAAGAAGUUGCCAUUCGCCCAGUCGCACCGACUCGCAAACCAAAGCUGAACUUCAGCGGAGAUAGCACGUAGACUCCAAGGCGCCUCAGGCUAACUCGCAUUCGGCUUUGGUUCGGUAUGGCAACCUGUUCGACUGUGCGGUGCCGUCGGAGCUCCAACACCAGAUUCAACUUCAAAAGCGGUCUCUCGCUGUGGUUGGUACUUUGGUUGGUUCUGGUGAAGCCCAGUCAGGUCAUGAGCUGCCCACGACUCUGUGUAUGCUACCCCUCCCCCAUGACCGUCAGCUGCCAGUCGCAGAACUUCACAGUGGUGCCCCCUGGAGUUCCCUUCGACUCACAGCGUGUGUUCCUGCAGAAUAACCGCAUCACCGAGCUCCGCGUCGACUCCUUCGGCUUCGAGACACAGGUGCUGUGGCUGUACUCCAAUAACAUCACCUGGAUUGAGGCCGGAGCGUUCAGUGAGCUGAGGGAGUUGGAGGAGCUGGACCUGGGGGACAACCCCCACCUGCACCGGCUGGAGGGCGGGGCCUUCCGGGGCCUGGAGAAGCUGCAGAGCCUGCACAUGCACCGCUGCAGGUUGGCCGCCAUGCCCCAUGACAUCUUCCGCAAGCUCUACAGCCUGCAGUUCCUCUACCUGCAGGAGAACCAGCUGCACUUCCUGCAGGAUGACCUCUUUUCUGACUUAGUCAACCUCAGCCAGCUGUUCCUGCAUGGCAACCGCAUCCGCACCCUCUCCGAGAAUGUUUUCAGGGGCCUAGUCAACCUGGACCGCCUGCUCAUCCACGACAACCGCGUGCGGCAGGUCCACCGCAAGGCCUUCCGUGACCUGGGCCGGCUCACCAUCCUCUACCUCUUCAACAACUCUCUGGAGGAGCUGCCAGGCCAGACACUGCGGGACACGUCCUCCAUGCAGUUCCUACGGCUCAAUGGGAACCCCUGGUCCUGCGGAUGCGAGGCUCGCCCGCUCUGGGAGUUCUUCCGCAAGUCGCGUGUGUCCAGCUCCGAGCUGCUCUGCUCCUCACCAUCCCCUCGCCAUGGCCAGGACCUGCGCUUCCUGCGCGAGAUGGACUUUGCCCUCUGCCCACUCCCUGACCCCGGCUCCCUGGCCGGCACCACCACCACCACCUUCAGCACCAAGACCCGCUGGUGGUUCUCCAAGGCCAAGCCUAUCUCCAGCUCCAAGGGCAUGUUUUCCAAGACCGCAGAGACUAUCAAGGCCUUUCCCUUCUCUUCUGCCAUCAAGCCCCACAACCCCCCAAUUUCCUCUUUCUCCUCCAAGUAUGAACUGGGAGAGGAGGAGGCAGCACUCCCCAAAGUGGACCCUGAGGAGUACUGGACCAACUACGGGAGUGAGGAUGCUGCCUCUGUUCGCUGCUUUGAGCUGGACUGCCCUCCCGAGUCCCAACCCCUCCCCCCCUUUUCCUCCUCCCCUGCCUCAUCCUACUGCUCCUCCUCUCUCCUCUUCCUCCUCUCCCUGGCUGCCACAGCCCUCUCAUUUCACCUCCUCUUUGGCUGAAUCUGAACCACUCUUUCUCUGAACCUGUUUCCUAAAAGCCUGCCUUCACCCUUUUCUAUUCUCUAAUUCCUCUUCAAACCUGUUUCUGUUCCAGGUUGAACCGCCUCCCGUCAUCUUUGGGGACUGUGGGAGGGGGUUGGGGUUGUCAUAGUGACAGGGCAUUAGUAGGACGGAAGUAUGCUUUGAUAACUUGGUAGAAGUCAGGACUGGGACAGGGGGAUCAAGAACCCUCCCCUGAUUGACUCUCAGCUGAAUAUGACAACAAUGGAUGCUGACUCGUAGCUGACUAUUGACUACUGAAGAGCUACUAAAUUACUGACUGACUACUUGUUGACUUUGUUAUUGAUUUGAUCAAGUGAAUCUUCUCAGCAACCAACUGUGACUGAGAUACACCCACUGACUCGCCAAGAUAGCAGCCGAUAUGAGAAUGAAUCACAGCCACCAACAUGCUCAGAGCGACAGAGACCGAGCAUGGACGAGUAGGAAGGGGGGGGGGGGGGUCGGUCGGGUCCACGUUGGCCAGGCGGACUGGCAUAAAAGAUAAGCUGUUCAUCCAUGUUGUCUGCCCAUACUUUGUGCCACCCACCCAUCUUGGUUUCCGUGGUGACUGUCAGAGGGAAGAGUGGGAGGUUUCCCCUGGCACUCACUGCCAGCUGUCAGGCCCCUUUUCCUGACCUCUUACCAACCAGAACUCCCCCUGCUGGUUACAGCCCAGAGAGGCAGAACAACAGAGAGAAGCAGGGCUGUUCUGAUGUCAGGGGGGGAGGGGGGUUGCGACUUAAUACGAAUACGAGUAUGGGGUCAUACCCAGGGAAGGAGGGAGGAAGGGUGAGAGACAGUUGAUCUUUCUUGAAGAUGAAUAGGUUUGUGAAGUAAGGGGUACACACAGAUGUUGUGAGGGAAGAGAGAGAAGUGAGAGAAGAACACUUGGAGUUCCUAGCAAUUAAUGCAGGUCGCCUGGUUGCCUUAAUUUCCUCUUAUACAGAAUGGUAACAUGUCAGGCUUGGAAGUUUAAUCCCUGGGUAAUUCUUAUGAGUUUGUGUUUUUAUAGUAUAUAGUUUAUAGAUUUAUUGUGGCCUUUCUGCAUUCUAAAAACAGUUUUUGGGAGGUUGAAGAUUUAUGUUGUAUAUCUUACAAUCUGUGUGUAUGUCAGAGAGAGAAAGAGAGGUAAUGUGUAUGUUUGUGUCUUGUAUGAAAUUGAGAGUCUGUGUGUGUGUGUGUGUGUGUGUGUGUGUGUGUGUGUGUGUAUUUAAAUCUCAGCUUCAAAUGCUGUGACAUGGUGGAUAGAAUGUGAAUAUAAAACAAAAUGAUUAUAACUGUGAUUGUGUUCAUACUUAGAAAAUUAACAUGUGAAUAAACGGUAUCUUUAUUCUAAAAACAA